AUGAAUUUAUCUAAACGCAUUUUGGAAUCUUGUGGGAUUUUGACGCAAUUACCGCAAGACAAUCUUUCACCAGAAAUAUUAGAUAAAUGUGAAAAUGUUGAGCAGAACAAUAUCACGGAAAGUAAUAGCAGCUCUCAAUGUUUAAAUGAAUGGAGCCAAGUAAAUACAGCUUUUCUUCUUGACAAAUACGCAGAAUAUUUGCCAGAAGUUGGUCCGAUGAAAAAAUUCAAAACUAAAGUUCAUCUUUUUAAACAAGUGGCACAUGAAUUAAACGAAAAAUUUUCAUCAGAAUUUACAGGAAUUCAAUGUUGUUCCAGAAUGAAAACAAUUUUGAAGAGAAAAAAUUUUGCAAACAAAAGCAACAAAACUUCUGGCAAUACCAGAACAAAAAUUGAAUACCAAGAGGAAUUGGCAAAAGUUGCUGCUAUUGAUGAUAGUUACGACCCUGAAAUAAAAAUUGGCGUAGGGCGUAUGGAAGUAACAGAGAAACCAUGUCUGAACAUUUUAAAGAGCAGAAAAAGAAAACAGGUAGAAGACCAAUUGCAGUGGAAAAUUCACGAAGCCAAAAUGGCAAAAUUUCAAGAAAUUAUUGAAAUGAAAGAAGCUGCAAAACAAAAAAGGCAUGAGGAAAAAAUGGCACUUUUAAAGCAACUAUUCGAAGGAAGGAGUAACCAUCAGCAAGCAUCAGAAAAUUGA